AUGCCUCUGGAUGAGCCAAUAGUGAUUGAUUACACCCCUGCGCCGUUCCGCCAACGAAGCAAAGAGAUUUUACAUCGCUUACCUCAGCAUAUCCGUGCGUACACGAUUAGUAUUUUUCCAAUAUUCCAGUGGAUCCACCGAUACCAUCUUUCUUGGCUUGUGCAAGAUGUCAUUGCUGGCAUCACUGUAGGCAUUGUCAUUGUGCCUCAGAGCAUGGCGUAUGCCAAAAUUGCCAACUUGGACCCACAGUAUGGUCUUUAUACAUCGUUUGUUGGUGCCUCCAUUUAUUGCUUCUUUGGUACAUCCAAAGAUAUCAGCAUUGGACCCAUAUCCACUGUAUCGUUGCUAGUCGGACAAUCCAUUGCGGCAGUGGCCCAAGUGCAUCCGGAAAUCGACGGGAAUCAAGUCGCGGUGACGUUGAGUCUGUUGGCCGGUAUGAUCACGAUUGCAGUGGGUUUGAUCCGCUUAGGUAUCUUUGUCGAUUUGAUUCCAGAACCUGCGAUCGCGGGAUACAUGACAGGUAGCGCCAUCACCAUUUGCGUAUCACAGUGGCCCAAGCUUUUUGGUUUGAGCAGCAAAGUGAGCACGCAUAACCCUCCGUACCUUAUCGUGGGCUACUUUUUUGCCAACCUAAAAUACACACGCUGGGACGCCGCAUUUGGUAUCGUCAGUCUUUUGGCUCUCUACGGCAUCAAGUUCGCAUGCACUUAUUCCAGUCGACGAUUCUCGAAAUGUCAAAAGCUCAUCUUCUUCUUCAGUAUUAUGCGCAAUGGCCUGGUUGUCCUUGUGGGUACCCUGAUUUCCUAUCUCAUCAAUAUCGGGCGAAAAACGAGUCCCUUUUCCGUCAUUCAAGCGGUCCCGGCCGGAUUUGACGCCAUGGGCAUUCCUAAAUUGAACCCUGACAUUAUUCGUGAAGUUGGUGGCACAUUACCGUCCAUCGUCAUUAUUCUCAUUCUCGAACACGUCUCGGUGGCCAAAUCUUUUGGCAGAAUCUAUGAUUACGCUAUCGAUCCCAGCCAGGAAACCUUGGCUAUCGGAUUCAGUAAUGUGAUUGGUUCAUUUUUCGGGGCAUAUCCUGCCACGGGUGCUUUCAGUCGAACGGCUAUCAUGGCCAGAUCAGGUGUGAAAACGCCGAUUGCAGGCGUCUUUUCUGGGGCAGUAGUGGUACUCGCUUUGUAUGCAUUGACGCCGGCUUUUUACUACAUCCCCGAAGCCGUUCUAUCCGCUGUGGUUAUUCAUGCCGUGUCAGGUCUUGUCUCUGGACCAAAGUAUCUGAAAGAACUAUGGACCGCCAGUCCAAUGGAAUUCCUUAUCUGGGUGAGCGCCGUUAUGGUUACAGUGUUUGUCGACGUGGAAACUGGCAUUUACGUUGCCGUGGCAUUAUCAUUUGCUUUACUGUUGUACAAGUUGGCUCGACCGCCGGUGAGAAUGCUGGCCAGACUGCCCAUCACGUUUUCGCAAGAUCCGCCACAUCCGAGCGAAAAAAAAGCCAGCAUGGACGACAUUAUGCAAAAGCAUUACAUCUACGUUGACGAAAAUGACGCAAAUUUUCCGAAAUGGUUGCAACCUUUACCGCCCGGGAUCCUUGUCAUGCGACCUGGUGACUCGAUGUUGUAUCCCAAUGCGGCUCACAUUUCGGAAAAGAUGGUUGCAGAGGCGAAAGCAAGGACACGAUGCGGUAAUCUCGUGGAGAUGUCGAAAAAAGAUAGCGAGAAGCCAUGGAAUCAUGUCACCAAAUCGGACAACGGCAAGGAGUUGGCCAAGGACACUGAACUGCCCAUUCUCGAAGCUGUCGUGCUGGAUUUUUCGGCGGUGGGCCGUCUGGAUUCCACCGGAUUGCAAGAACUGGUGACGGUUCGAAAUGUGCUGGAUCGCUACGCAGGUCACACCGUCGAAUGGCAUUUUACCAACCUGCAAAGUAAACAAGUCCGAUGUAAACUUGUCCAAUUUGGGUUCGGAUCGCUUCAAGUCACCACACCUUCGGGUUUUGGCGCCAUGUCAUCCACAUCUUCGUCAUUAUCAUCCGAUCAAGACCCCGCUGUGCCUCACGGUCAUCCACACCAUAAAAAUCAUGACGUCGAUGAUCGAUCAAUCCAGUUGCCACGAGAUAGAUACCCUUGCUUCCACUGGGACAUUGACACGGCCGUGAAUUCAAUAUGCCAACGCUGGAAAGGCGAUCCUUCCUUCUCCUUCGCCGACGUGGAUGCUGUAUAGUUAGCUAUAAAAGGACCUUUACCGUGUAUUCUUUCUGUUCAUUUUUUCUUCUUUUUCCCUUUCUUGUGCUGUAGAUUGUAGUAAAUAACUGUACGGAGUAUGCCAUCAUUAAAAGAACAACUAUUCUUGAC